AGCCGGAAGCUGUGUAUGCCGACUAGAACGACCAACAAUCAACACUGUCAUGUUUUGAUCACUCAUUUCUUUGAUUUCAUGUAAAUAACAAGUUGUUUUGAUUGGAUGUGUCGGAAUUUAAAGAAACCAUGAGGUGCAUCAAGAGAGCAUCUUCCCAGGAUGGUAAUGUGCCCAAGUUAUUUCUUGAAGACAAUGAGCCUCGUCCUAGUCCGGGCAAGAACGAGCUGUUGGUUCAGGUGAAAGCCUGUGGCUUGUCACUCAUAAAUCACAAGAACUUGACUGAGAUUUUCAAGAAGGAGAUACGGGAGUCAUAUCCAGUAGGCCAGGAUAUAGCAGGGGUCAUUACACAGACGGGGGAGGGGGUCAUAAGCUACAAGGCAGGUGAUGCCGUUGUUGGUAUUAUGCCAUUGGACAGCCGCUACUCAGGAUGUGGGGAGUUUUGUUGCAUCAGCGAAUACGACGUGGUGAAGAAGCCAUCUCAACUCGCCUUUGAAGAUGCAGCUGCUGCUAUUGGUGACUGCGUUAGUGCAUACACUGCACUGCACUACAACGCCAAGGUGUGCGCAGGAGACACGCUACUUGUCAUAGGGGGCGCCACUGCUGCUGGCAACGUGUUGGUGCAGCUUGGACAACGCUGGGGGGCAAAGGUGCUUGCUACAUACAAUACUCAGGCAGAGAGACAGCACCUGGAGGGAAUCCAACCCCCAAUAGCCCAGGUGAUUGAGCUCAACAAACGAAACAACAUCCUGGUGAGCAGUGUCAAGGAGGAGACAGGAGGAGUAGGUGUGGACUGUAUCGUGGACGACGGGGUGUGCAUGUUUACUACAGAGGAAGACAAAGCUUUAGUUGGUGAAAAUUACAAAUUUCCAGUUCCUCACAAGUAUGACAUCAUUUCCUGUCUGGGAUUUGCUGGGAAGUGGAUCACCGCGCAACCAGAUCUUCAGCUGGACCCUCCGGACUGUCAGCAGCUGCUCCUGCGUGGCGCCAGUGUCAGCUUCCUGUUUCCCCCUGCCUGGACACUGGCCAACGUGCAACAGGGCAGAUAUCAGCAUAUAUUAUUGGAUGUUGUAGAGAAACUAGACAAGGGAGUUAUCAAGUGCAAGAUUGCUCGACUUGUGACCAUGGAUGAUGUGAUAGAAAGUCUCAAGACGCUAGACGAAGUGCGAGUUGGCAAAGUGGUGCUCAAGUUUUAACCAUGUGUUGUCAUGAAAAUAACACACAAACAUAACAGUUGCGUAUUGCUGCCACACAACUGAUGGAACACCAUCAGUCGGUGAGCUGACAGCCUAGCUACAGACUGUCUCAUCAAAGUUAAUGACUCAAGGAUGUUCAAGGAUCUACAUGCGUCAACCAAAUUUAAAUAUCCAUAUGGUGAUUGUUCCUGGAUGUUCCUAGCAAGGGAUGACACUUCACAAAUACAGAAAUCUUCUUGUCGUCAAUUGGAAGUCCUACAACUUGGAAGAGCAAGAAUUCUUAAUAGCUUCCUCAAUUAAUGAAGGAGAAAUAAUAUUCUCAGUGCAAUAUGGACGUCCCAUCCAUUCCAGCAUGACAUGAAUAAAAUGGUUUCAUUGAAUCUAA